GGCGCUGCCUGAUGGGGUUACAGAGCUGUCCCGCUGCCGGGGGAGCUGGGGGGCAGCGGCAGCUGAGGACUCCCGCGACCCGAGGCGGGUGAGGGGCUGAGAGGGCUCCCUACAAUGAAGAUGCUGCUGAGUCUGAUUGCUCUGCUGUCUGCUGCCCUGUUAUCCAGAGCAGCCCCUCCAACUUGCUACUCAAGGGUGUUGUCUCUGAGCAAAGAAAUCACGGAGUCCUUUAAAGAGUUACAGACCUCCAAAGCUGUGGACUCCUGUGUACAGAUGCUGCCCAGGCUGUACUUGGACAUACAUAAUUACUGUGUGUUGGCAAAACUCCGUGACUUUGUGGCUUACCCCAGAUGUGAGAGAGUGCUUGAAGUGAGUGAGCUGAAGGAAAAAGCCCGGAGCCUGUACACCAUCAUGAUCUCCUACUGCAGAAGGGACUUGGUAUUCCUCACUGAUGACUGUAACGCUCUGGAAAAUCCUAUUCUGCCUCCCACUGAGCCCUCCAUCAUUGAGAGCUAAAAGGGAUUCAAUCUGAAAGCUGUACCUGGGAACUUUUGAGGAGACCAAGAGACAAAAUAUGUGUAUACAGUGAACUACAAUGUAAAGAACCAAGAUCUUUUUCAAGCACACUAGCAAUAUUAUCACAGACCUACCCAUUUUUCUCUACUUUGGCAGGAAAUGAACUGCAUGCCUUGCAUACCUACUGAGCUGCUAGGGGAAAUACCGUUAGAGAGCAUUUCUUCAUUUGGCAAGGUAUGAUAUUUCAGCUUAGCCAAAUGUAUAUAGUAUGUUUUGUUUAAAUAUUAGACACUAGAUUAUUUUUUUAUUAAUAACUACAUUCAUAUAAAGAAAAUACAUUAUGAUCAAUAUUCUACCCUGAUUUAGCAGUUCUUUUAUUAGAUGGACAUAGAAGAGACUAUGUUUUUUUCUUAAAUGUUCUAUAGAAGUGUAACUCUGUACUGGGAGACGUCUCUCUACCUGUAUAGCUCAUACAUAUAUGCCAGUAGUUUUGAUGUUAAACUUGUAAGAAUAGAGGUGAAAAGAACUUGUCUCUGUGGAAAACUAAAUAAAAACAGCCUUCUAACCCAA